GACGAAGGAAUAGGAAAGAUCACUGAGAAUUCCACCAACCCACGGUUCGAAACCCAUUGACCUCGUUCCAAUCCAAAUCACGCUUUAAUUUUUCUUCGCCGGGAGAAGAUGAAGCCGCGCUUCUCCAAUUGAUUCAACAUGGCUUCUUCUUCUUCAUCCCAACGACGCUGCGUCUUCGUUGGGAACAUUCCUUACGACGCAACGGAAGAACAACUCCGAGAGAUUUGCGGAGAGGUUGGACCCGUUGUCUCCUUCAGAUUGGUUACUGAUAGAGAAACGGGUAAACCAAAGGGAUACGGGUUUUGCGAGUAUAAGGACGAAGAGACAGCGCUGAGUGCUCGUCGUAAUCUCCAGAGUUAUGAAAUCAAUGGUCGUCAGUUAAGAGUUGAUUUUGCUGAGAAUGAUAAAGGAACCGACAAACCCCGAGAUCAGGGUCAAGGAGGAACUGGUUUGCCUCCUCCUGUUGCUGCUACUGAGUCUCAAAAGCAGGUUGGAGGGGCUGUGGAUUCGAGUAUGCAUCAGCCGGUUGGUAUCCACCUUGCUAUGCAAGCCGCGUCUGUUAUGGCAGAUGCGCUAGGUGGUCCACAGGUCGGUUCGCAAAGUACGCUGCUGGUUCCAGCUAGUGAUCCCCUGACUCUUCAUCUUGCCAAGAUGUCUAGAACUCAGCUCUCUGAAAUUAUAACGUCCAUUAAGUUAAUGGCUACGCAGAAUAAGGAAGAAACUCGUCAGUUGUUGGUUUCAAGACCUCACUUGCUAAAAGCUGUCUUUCUGGCACAAAUAAUGCUUGGAAUUGUGAGUCCACAAGUCUUACAGACGCCAAAUAUUGUCCAGGCCCCAAACCAUAUGACAGGGUCUUCAAUUCAAGACACACAUCUCUCUGGAUCUAGUCAAAGCCUUUUACCACCACUUGCACAAAGGCCUCAACAGCUAAACCGCCCUCCCCAUAGUCAGUUUCCUGUUCAACAGUCUUCUAAACAACCUUUUAGUCAGAUUCCACAACCAGGUGUGAAUCCUCCUCCUAGAUACCAAGUUAAAGGUCUCAGCGAAACCGCUUCUCCAUUCCAACGCCAAAAACAAGUGGUUCCAGCUUCUAAUGCUAUCCAACCAUCUCAAGUACCUCGGCCACCAUUAACAAAAUCUGCGAUGCAGCAAGGUGGGCAAAUGGCAUCACUAAACUAUGGCAAAAGAAUAAACAAUGAGGGACCUCAUGAAUCAAUAGAUAGACCAUCGAAGAUGAUGAGAGUGGACGAUCGGAGAAACCCUCCAUUUCAUACAGGCCAUGCGUCUAAUUCAAUGCUUCCAAAUCCAUUACAGCUACAAGAGAAAGCGCCUCAGGCGCUUCUGUCCCCGGAUGUUCAGUCAACAUUGCUCCAGCAAGUGAUGAACCUUACGCCGGAUCAGCUGAGGAUGCUGACCCCAGAACAACAGCAAGAGGUGGUGAAGCUGCAGCAAGCUCUCAAGCAACAGGACCACGUGAUGCAGCCUUCAUAGCUUUGAGGUUGUUCUCUUAUAUGCAAAUCACCAUAGAAAGAAGAAGGCUCUCUCUCUCUCUCUCUCUCUCUCUCACACCUGAAAUUGGAGAGUGUGUAUUAUUAGUGUAAGCAUUAAUUUGUCUUAUAGAAGAACUGUGCAGCCAUCAAAAUAUAAAGGAAAAAGAGAAAGUUAUACGUCCAAACAACUGUGUUCUAUCUCUUUCCUUCUCUUGUUAUUUCGUCUUUUGUUUUCUGCUCAAGUCAAACUCUCCUCCAUUCGUUUUCA